AUGACGCUGUGGCGCUUCAUCACAACAACAGCAGUCGUGAUCCUCCCCAGCGCCUUCCACGCCCUUACAUCACCUUCCCCUCUCCCGAUUCUCCACUCCGCCACCACCACAUCGACAUGCAAACGCAAUCACCAUUUUCAACCUCGACAGUCCCAAGGACAACACGAUGACCGGCAAGCGAGACAUCCAAAAUGCAAUUCUCAAUAUCUUUCCUCUAUCUUGCACACCCUCAACACGCCUGUGACCGUCGAGAACGUGACCCCUGUCCCUGCGAACGGCUUCUACGGUGAAGGAGCCUCCGACCCUGCAUACCCAGUGAACCCCACCAAUCUCCCUCCGCUAUGCGCCGUCACCUUCCAAAUCGAUCACUCCACCACGGCGAGCUACCGUUUUGGACUGUUCUUACCUGAUAAGCUCCCUUCGACAAAGAGGUUGCUCGUGGUGGGAAAUGGGGGCUUCUCCGGUGGUAUCAACUGGCUUGACAUGGCAGUAGGUCCCCACCACGGCAUGGCCGCCCUCUCGACCGACACCGGUCACAAUUCAACUGCCCUCGAGACCUCCUGGGCAAACGGCCACUCCGAGAAGAAGGAACUCUGGGGCUGGAGAGCCAUGCAUCGUUCCGUUGUUUUGGGCAAACAGAUCUUUCAAGAAUAUUACCAACAGCCUAAACAUGACAAACUCUGGAUAUACUACAGCGGUUGUUCGACCGGCGGCCGGCAGGGAUUGCGAGAGCUACAGGAAUUCCCCGAUAGCUUCGAUGGCGCACUAAUCGGGGCCCCUGCCUGGUGGACAGCAAGGCUGAACCCGUUCUUGAUGCAGAUAGGCUUGUACAACCUGCCUGCUGACGACUCCAACCCGUACCAUAUUCCAUUGAACAAGUUCUCGUUACUGCUCGAAGAGGUCAUGAGACAGUGUGACGAUGUGGAUGGCGUACAGGAUGGCAUUGUCAGCAGUCCUGAGAAAUGCGAGUUUGAUCUUGGAACCUUGGUUUGCUCAGAGUUUGGGACAAACAUCAGUAAUUGCCUGACUGCAGAGCAGGCAGAGACAGCUAGGAAGGUCUAUGAAGGGUGGCUAUCCGAGGAUGGGGAGUUGCUGUACCCUGGUUUGACACUCAGCUCUGAGAAUCAGUGGUCGAUCUUGUUGGGUGGGACGGUACCGAGCCCGUAUGGCCUGGGGUAUGUUAGAGACUUUCUGCUUGAUAAUGACGACAAGGAGUUGGAUUGGACUGGUACCUCAAAGCUUGGGAAGGAUAUUAUCGACAAGGCACAAAGACUGGAUCCUGGUCAUUCUUCAGCUAUCCAGUACGACAUCUCCAACUUCAAGGACAGAGGUGGCAAGGUAAUCUUGUAUCAUGGUUUGGCAGAUGGCCUGGUACCGGAGAAGGGGUCCUGGUGGUACUAUAACAAGACCAUUGACACCUUUGGGGGCGACUUGGAUGGGGUACGUGAGUUCAUUCGGUAUUUCCAAAUUCCUGGCAUGGGACACUGUUUUUCAACACCGGAUUGCAAGCCGAAUGCACCAUGGAAUAUUGGAGGCGCUUUUCAGGCAGGACUUAUGGGGAGCGAUACUUGGUCCGUACCGGGGUUUGAGGAUGUCGACCAUGAUGCUUUGUUGGCACUGAUGGCGUGGACCGAGGAGGGGAAGGCGGUCGACAAGCUUGUUGCCACGACUUGGCAUCGGCCAACUGACUCAAACACGGGCGUGUUCAUUCAACGACCCAUAUGCCCUUGGCCAGAGAAGGCUGCUUACGACGGGGUUGGUGAUGUGAAUGAGGCUGGGAGUUGGGAGUGUGCUAUGGAAAAGGUGGAGCUGGUGUCGGAAUGGCAAAGGCGGGUGUAG